CUCUACGAAUUAUUUAAUGCUCCUUCGUGCCAAGCAGAUUGGUGGGCAUCUCAAUCGACACUCAAUCACAGCCACAGCAACAAGGAGAUUCUCAACAAGCAACAUAGGGAAAAUGCCAGAAGAUAAAAUCACCAGUUGGGUGGCCCCGAAUGAUAAGACUGGAGAAUUCAAGAGGGGACAAUCGCAGUUCAGGAAUUGGAUUAAGAAGGGUGGGGAGUUUCCUCCUGAGAAAGGGAGGUAUCAUUUAUACGUAUCCUACGCCUGUCCGUGGGCUCAUCGAACUCUCAUUGUGCGCCAACUUAAGGGUCUUGAAGAUAUUAUCCUUUUCACGUCGGUACAUUGGCAUAUGCAGCAGAAAGGCUGGCGAUUUGCUACUUCUACCGAUAAUGAUGCGCCGGGUGAGAACGUAACUCCGGAUCCGAUCAAGGGACAUGAAGGAUAUGAAUACUUGCGAGAUAUCUACUUUCAGGUGGAUCCUGAAUACAAGGGUCGCUUUACUGUUCCAACGCUGUAUGAUGUGAAGCAAGGCAAGAUCGUCAGUAACGAGAGUAGUGAGAUUAUCAGGAUGUUCUACACCGAGUUCGACGAUAUAAUCGACCCCAAAUACAAAAACGUGCACCUCUUCCCCUCGCACCUCCAAUCCGAAAUCGAAGCAACAAACCAAUGGACCUACGACGACAUCAACAACGGCGUCUACAAAUCCGGCUUCGCGACCACCCAAGACGCCUACGAGAAAGCCGUCACCACACUCUUCACCUCGCUCGACCGCGCCGAAAAACACCUCUCCUCCGUAACAGACGGCCCUUUCUACUUCGGCAAAGAAAUCACAGAAGCUGAUGUUCGGCUUUAUACCACGAUUAUCCGUUUCGAUGUCGUGUAUGUGCAGCAUUUCAAGACGAAUGUGAGGGAUAUUAGGACUGGGUAUCCGUAUUUGCAUAAGUGGCUGAGAAAUCUGUAUUGGAAUAUGCCGGCGUUUGGGGAGACGACCGAGUGGUCGCAUAUUAAGAAGCAUUAUACGAAGAGUCAUACGCAGAUCAAUCAGUUUAGUAUCACGCCUGUGGGUCCGGAACCGCCGAUUUUGAGGGAGGAUGAAGAGGUUCCGGCUGUGGCGUUUGCGUUGAAGAAUGCUGGGAAGAAGUGAGUGGUAGGUUGGAACGUCAACAUGUGUAGGUUCGUAGGUGUGUGUUACGAUUAUGUCAUACGAUUGCAUAGCAAGUAAUGGAUGCGCUUUGAAUGAAUCCUAGUUGCUGAUCUCCAAUGCCAAAUAUUUUGCUCAUUUGCUUGUCUGUUCUGAUUAGAGUCAAUGUCUCCUCUGUUCUCAUCUCUGCUUUCUUAAACUCUGGAUUGACUAUAAGGAUGAAUGGGCGAGCAGUAAAGGGGCUAAACGAGCGCGAAAGCGAUCGUUACCGAGAGCCAUCCUGAUGAGUGAUCAUUUUCACGAGUACGAAACUCAAGUAUAGGCCUGAGAUUGUUUGCAAUUUGAAUUCAAAUUGCCUCUUCUCUUGCAAUUGUACGGAUGGAGGCCGCUCUCUUGCUUUCAGACCAAACAAUAGCAUAUUCUC